AUUCAAAUAAGUUUUUUUAUUUGAAUUUCAUUCUUUUAAAACCUUUUCUACAUAAUAUUUACUCGAUAUCUUGUAAACAAAAACUAUUCAAGUUACAAGAAAUCAAACAAAAAAAAUACUUUUAAACCGCCCAAGUAAUCCUAAUAUUAUGUAGAUAUGCACGCACAUAAACAUUGUUAGAUUUGGAUCCAAAUUAGAGAUAGCGCUUCGAAAUUAGUUUCCUUAAAAUGCUUCUAGACGGCUCUCUUUACCUAUAUACUUACUUAACUUACUUUACUCUUUGGUCAUGACUUGUUUAGUUGUAUUGUCAGCUGUCAAAACAUGUUAAAUUGUAAUUUUAUUGAGAGAUUAUUUAAUUGAAAGUUUUAAUUCCAUUUGAUCUGUAAAAAACAAUCGCAUCAUAUUAUAUUACAAUAUGGAAUAUAUGGAAGAAGACCCACAGCUAGGAGUGGUAUCAGAACCAGAAACCAACAGCGCAAUAAUCAACUCCCUUAAUGCAGACUGCUGGCGUCUCAUCUUAGACUACUUGUCAGUUCAGGAGCUCCUGCAGACGGAACCAACCUGUAAAGAUUGGCAGAAGUUGGUGCUUGGUCACAUAUCACAUCGCCAAAUCAUGAUCCUCGAAAAAGAAUGUGACGAAAAUACCUUGAUAUUAAGAAAAUCGAGUGACGUGUGGCCUUCCUUCAAACGCUGGCUCAAAAAAUGUGGACCUGCGGUCCGCGAGUUUGAUACAGACUGCCAAUAUUUUAAGAAUGUGAUGGAAGUUCUCAGGGACACCUGCCCUAACUUGGAAGUCCUCAGGCUCAGCAAUUUGAAAAAGAAGCUUUCCCCAACCAACAAGCUUCACUUCCAGAAACUGACAUGGCUCGUGUUCGAAAAUUGUGAUGAGAUAACAGACGAUUGCGUCAACCAGUUCCUUUCAAGCGAUAUGAACGAAUUGGCCAUCAUAUCCAACAAACGCGUGACAGGCAAAUUUCUAAACAAUUUGAAAACUGAUAAAAUGAAACGUCUAAUACUAAGAGACUGUAGAGCUUUAAAAUUCUCCUUCCUCCUUUCUAGCGCAGACCAUUUAAAAAAUCUGACUAGUUUUGUGUUAUGGAAGGAAAAUCGUAGCAAAAUUGAAAUUAGGAACAAACUUCACUUGCUAUUGGACAAAAUGCCUAAUUUAGGAGAGAUAGGUUUCAGUGUUGUGGACUUGUUUACUAUGUAUGACGACCAGCACUAUCUUGAAGAGAGUAAUGUGUUUUUCGAGUCUGUGUGUCGGCUUAAGAAGUUGCAUCGGUUUAACGCGAAUUUCGAAGUGUGGGAUCAUCACUUGGAAGCUUUGGCGAUGAAUUGUAAGGAGUUGUUGGCGGUGCGCUUGCUGUUUAAUCAAAUAACUCGAGUGGGACUUGACGCGCUGUGUCGCUACUUGGGCCCUCAACUCUACGAGCUCAACUUAUCGGACAGCACCUUUGAUGACGAUGAUAUAGUCGCGUGUGUCUACGCGUGCCCGAAACUCGUGUGGCUAGACAUCUCCUACUGCCCUCUAUCGGACAGAGCGGUACACCGCAUCGCGACCGCGCGGCGCGACAUGCGCGACAACUUGCGCGACAGCAAGUACGCGAGCAACGACGAUAACAAUCUCUGCUAUCCGCUACAGCUGGUCAUAGGUCGGUGGAAUUUAACGGGAACGAAGAAGAUUUUAAGGAUGUCAUCGAUCUGCGAUUUAAAAGCUUAGAGUAACGCCAGCUAUAAUAUUAAGAAGCCUCUCUCUGGUUUUUUAAACGUACCGGAGCUUACGAAAGAGCACUAGUUUAUGAAGUUCACGAGUGAUUCGUCGGCUGUGAUUUAGUUUUGAUUUGAAGAUGUUUAACUAUAUUGUUACCUCAAGGACCACUGCAUAGUUUAAAUAAAAUUAAUUCCUCAAAGA